AUGUCGCGACGGUACGGCCCGCUGUUUGUCUGUUCCGGACUUCUACUGCUGUUACUGUGUUGCCCUGCCUCAGCCGCAGAGAAAGAGACCAAAUGGCUUCUUCCUCGAACCAAUGUUACCGGUCCAAGCCCGAAUGACUAUGAGUGCGAGAGUGCUAGAGCGCCCGACUACUACGGCAUUGGUGUCCGCCUGGGUAUCUACUUCUCAUGGUUCACUGGUUGGGUGGCCAAUGCCUUUGUCCCUGGAGACAUUGGUGGUGCCCUAGAUACGAACGCGAUUUUCCUCUUUGCGAACCUCGUGGCCAUGGUUCGAUGCACAAUCACAAAGGUCCUGACACAACUUGACUGUGUGAUCUUGAUGCAUCUCUCAGGUGGCACAAUCUUCUCCGUGUUAAGUCUCUGGGGCUAUCGCACGUGUCACUACGAAGCAGAAGGACCAAAGGGUAUCCGCCAUUUUGGAGGAUUCGGUACACAUCUGCGACUUCUGCUUGCCAUGGCAGUAUCCGUCUUUGGACUGUGGUUCUGGGUGGUGGGUAUCAAGCCUCAUACCACCGACGUCGUGACCGAUAGUGGCCCAUGUGCGACCGUCUACACUUUCAUGUUUGCGGAAGUAAGGGCGGAUGCUGGUGUCAGAAUACUCUACCUCAUUGCCUGCAUCUCGUGCGUAAUCUACUUCGGUAUCAUGCUCCUCAUUUCAACAAUCUCGCUCUACGCCCGAGUUGCGAAAGGAGCCGCUCUGGCCAAGCAGGGGAGAUGGCGGACUUCGACUCGUUUACACUACGCGACAGGUUUGUACCACAAAGAGUACGUCGCGCACAACUUGAUCCCUCUGCUAUUGACUGAUGAAAUGCAUUUUAGACUCCGCCGCCUAUUCUACUUCCUACGUAUCGCAAACUUCCUUUGGAUUGUGUGGUCAAUGAUCACAGUCGAAUGUACACUCAACUUCAAUCACGUCAAGGGCGUCCUCGGCCCUGGCAAUCGCAUAUUCUUCCCGUCGCAGUUGAUUCCCAUGAUCAUUGGAGCCUUCUCCUUCGUACGGCUAGGUUACAAAUUACUGGAGAAAUGGCGUGAUCCUGACGAUGAACCUUCUCUCCCUCAAGACGCACAUACUUCGAUGUUCACCGAUCCAGAAAACUCUGAGAGAUCACAGGCGUUUCCCCCAAAGUCCCGUAUGUUCAAACUAUUUGCGCCACCGACUGAUACCCUGAACCACGCUCCUAAAGAGGCUCCUCCAGAAGACAACGACAUCGACGACCUCAUGCGAGACAAACCGCCAAGGCUAAGAUAUUUGGUGUCGUGGCUACCAUGGUUGUCCCUGCUGCAUCGGUGGAAAAAGGAUGCAGACAGACUGAACUUCCAUAGGAGGUGGACAAACCAGGAGCGAGGCCGCUCUUAUUCACCGGCAACAACGUUGCAAGGGACACCGGUAUCUGCUAACUUCGUGAACCCCUAUAUGGCGCAGAUACCAGACUGA